UAGAGUUGAGGGGUAGGAUGGGUGUUGUGCUGCGUUCGUUAGUUAAAGAGGGGAUGGCGUAUAGUGUAUUGGAGAUACAGAAAUUGGAAUGUGUGGGGUAUAAACUAUGUAGGAAUAGAGGUUACAUUGUUUAGGUCAUUUAUACAACCCCUGAAAACCUCUCAUGUUACCACAGUUUGAAGGGAUGUAUAGGGAGGGGUGGGAAGGUUAUAUGGUGUGGUGAUAUUAAUGCCCAUAAUGAAAUAUGGGAAAGUCGGCAUGAAGAUAAUCAUGGGAACAUAGUUGAAGAAUGUAUUGAUUACAGGGGAUUAGUAUGUGUUAAUGAUGAGAGGGGGACGAGAAUCAAUGUACAGAGACAUACUUGGGUUUGACAUUGGUAUCUGUGGCGGUGGCUGGGAGGUGUGAAUGGGAAGUGAUGAUAGAAUCCACGAUAGGGAGUGAUCAUUUUCCGGUUCGAUGUAAGGUCAAUAUGGGUGUGUGUAUGCAGAUUAACAUGAGGUGGUGCUUUGAGUAAGCUAACUGGAAGGCAGAGUGUGAUGAGGAGAGUGGGUAGAUAUUCAGGUCCUGUUGGGCCGUAGGUAGCUAGUUUCCUUAUUUUUUAAAGCUACGAAUGGCAAAUUUAACGUGGUUCAUUAUGGAUUUGACGAACCUAAAAAGGUUUCAAUUUGAUAGGCCAUUGUGGAGGGGAUUUGCAAAGGAUUUAAAUGGACACCAAAAAUCUGAUUUCCUGAUUUAUCAAUAACUCGGCCAUCUCAAACUAAGUCAAGACAUGGGUCUAUACUCCUUAUUUGGUGUUAUUUGGAUGAUGGGUUAUGAUAUGUUUUUCAAAGGUUUUCCAAAAUGUUCAAGAUGGAGGAAAAUCUAUCCUGACAGACCUUAUGGGUCCUUGAGGCAAAUGUGUUCAGUGUGAGGAAAGAGCCUACAUCAAAGUUUUACAGCACCACCUAUAGGCCAAUCAGUGCCAAUCUUUUUGACCAAGUUACUCAUGGCCUCCAGUUUCACUGUGAACCCCUAAAUAUUCAGUUAAGGAAAUACAUUUCCCACAUUUUGUUAUUGCAUCAGGCAUUUUAAUUCACUGUACACUACCUACCUCUUUAACGAGCAUGUAAAUACACAAUUUUUAUGACGGUGAUCGAACGUCGUUCCGGUUGAACGACUCCUUCACCAAGUACAAGAAGGAGAAGGCGGAAAACGACAAAAUGCUGAACGAGCAGAAUGUCAAGCUCCAAGAGCAUCUGUCUGAGGUCCCCUUCCAGAAGGCAAAGCUCUCCACACAGCUGGGGUUCGCCUCCAAGAGGUAUAAGAUGCUGCAGGAGAACCUGAACGGCUACAGGCGGGAGAUUGCCGAGCUGCACGAGAAGAGCCAGAAGAUGGCCGCCACGGCUCAGAAACACGAGCAGAACAUCCACACCAUGACCCAGGACCUCUGGGCUGCCUAUGAGAAACCGACCGUGUCAGAGCAGUCCAGACUGAACCAGGAGAAGGGGGCCAUGAUGGCUGAGCAGUGCAACCAAAACCUACUGCUGACCAACCUCAAAUCUAUCCAGCUGACGAUGGAGUGUACAGAGAACCGGCUGAGGAGGUAGAGCAGAGGCACGUGCUGGGCCGCAACCAAGAAGUACAGAUACACUCAGCUGGAGGCCCAGUGGUCUCUGUACCAGAAGACCAAGGAGCUGUUGAAGAACGCUGAGCUGCAAGCGAACCUACUGAGGCAGCAGCUCAGCCACACUGAGAAGCAGAAUCGGGGUCAAAACCAGGGCCUGCAGGGUCAGUGUUCAGGUCGGGGUCUAGGCCAGGGCCAGACCAGCUCCAGGGUUCCCAUCAGAGUGCCACUCGGAGGUAGGCAGUGGCACUGCGAGCUGGGUUCUGUUGGGGAAUCUCAACAGUAUGUGUCAUCCAAUCAAAAAUGUAUGGCUGAGACAUUUCAGGACAGCAACUGUUAUUGCAAAUGCAUUAGGACUUUACAUUACCAACCUUCUCAUUUUGAAAAGGCUUUUUCUGGCCUCAGACGGUUUCAUGUUACCACUACAUCGCAUUCUCUCUCUGGUUUGUCUUCAUGUGGUUGUGUUUGAAGCUCUGGUGACUGGUCCAUCUCCGACCAUAGCUAAAUCCCAGUCCCAGCCUCUACCUGUCCUUCAGCGAGGAGGGUAAGUCCUCAUCGAGAGCCUGAUCGAGAGCGAGGGGGGCAAGUCCCAGGAACAAGUCCUGGAGAUCAUCAGGUAGUAGAUGGGGAUAGGACUUUGCUUACUGUGCCAACUCCUUUACAGAUCCAGUACUUGAUACAUGGUUGUGCUGACCUGUAAAAGAUGUGUGUUAUUACACAUAUAUUGCUUGUGAUUGUAUGUAUGUAUUUAUUCACCUAUUGGUGAUGCUGUGCUGUUGUUUGUUGAGGUGUAAGACAAAUUAUCUGAAAGGGACACACAAUAAAUAAUAGUGAUCAAUUAUACUAAAUCUGCGGUCAUCUGAAUUUCCUGAUUGCAAAAGUAAUACCACACUAAGACGUUAUACACCACGGACGGUUUCCCAGACUAGAUUAAGCCUAGUUCAAAAAAGUAUUCUACAUUUUAAGCAUGCUUUUAAGUCCAAGACUAAGCUCCAGUACUUUAGUGAGUAAGCAGUUUGUUAAACCUGCUCUGACCUUUCCCUCCUGCAGGUUUGUGCGUCGUGAGAAGGAGGUCGCAGAGACACAGUUCGAGGUGGCGACACUGCGCUACAAACAACGAGUUGAACACCAGGACCGAGCGCUGAAGGAGCUACAGGAGAGCCUCAAUGCAGAAAGAGGAACAACUACAGGAGGAGAACAAGAAGCUGCACUCUGAGAGGGAGGCCCACCUCAAACGCAUCCAGCAGCUCUCUGAGAUGGCCAGGACCAACGCGUCAGUGACCAGAGCCCGGUACAGAACCUGAGGGAGACCAUGUGCAAGGUGACCACCGAGAGGGAAGCUACCAAGAAGGAGCUGGACGCCAAGAACCUGGACAUCCAGGAGAAGGCCCAGACCAUCACGCAGGUCAAGAUGAGCGGCCGCCGUUACAAGACCCUGUACGAGACGCUGUAGAUGCAGCAUGACAAGCUGGUGGCAGAAGCAGCAGCCAAGCCAGCCCAGGAGGAGGUGCAACAGGCUCAACUGCAGGUCCAGCAGGCUUAACUGCAGGUCCAGCAGGCUCAGCAGGCCUCGGACCAGGAGAUCCAGAGCCUGAAGAAGUCCCUCAGCCAGGCCCGAGAUCACAAUCAAAGACCUGGAGGGACAACUGGAGGACGUACAGGAGACGGUGAGUGAGCGCGACAUGGAGAUGGGGCGUCUGAAGCAGGAGGUGACCCUCCUCCCGGAGCAGUCUGCCCAGGCCCAGGGGGAGGUGACCGGGCUGAGACAGGAGGUGACCCGCCUCCCGGAGCAGUCUGCUCAGGCCCAGGGGGAGGUGAUGGGCUGAGACAGAAGGUGACCCUCCUCCCGGAGCAGUCUGCCCAGGCCCAGGGGGAGGUGAUGGGCUGAGACAGAAGGUGACCCUCCUCCCGGAGCAGUCUGCCCAGGCCCAGGGGGAGGUGACCGGGCUGAGACAGGAGGUGACCCGCCUCCCGGAGCAGUCUGCCCAGGCCCAGGGGGAGGUGACUGGGCUGAGACAGGAGCUGCAGGAGAAGACGGCCCCGGAGGAGCCGCUACGGCAACAGAUGGCCGCCAAGGAGGAGAAGACCAUGAAGGCCUCCAUGGGUUCCAAGCAGAAGCUCAACCAGCUCAACAUUACAAAGGAGCAGCUGGCCAAGGAGGUGGAGGAUAUGAAGCUGCAGCGGGAGGAGCGGGUGGAGCGUCUGAGCUCCCUCAAGUCCCGGUAUGAGGGCCGUCUCCACCUACAGGACCGAGAGAUCAGGGAACUCAAAGACCACCCCAUUUAACAACCUCAGAGGGACGAGCCCCACGACCAGGGUAACAAUAAGUGGUUCUUCCAGCUCUUCAAAGCAGCCCCCCACCCCAACCGCCAACAUCAAGCCCACCCCGGUGUCGGGUGGUGCCCCCAGUAAAUCUUCCCCGAUGCCUGGGAGCAAGUCCACCCCAGAGCCAGCAUCCGACCCAUGGUUCCCGUCACGGUGCCCACCCCCACGGCCACUGCCAUGCCCCAUACACAGUCUGACAGCCAGGAAGUUGAGAGGAGUGGCUCGGUAUUAUUGAUUCAGCAUAAGGUGGUAUACUGUCCCCAGGGCAGCAAUAGAUAGUAUACUGUCCCCAGGGCAGCAAUAGAUAGUAUACUGUCCCCAGGGCAGAAAUAGAUAGUAUACUGUCCCCAGGGCAGCAACAGACAGUAUACUGUCCCCAGGGCAGAAAUAGAUAGUAUACUGUCCCCAGGGCAGCAAUAGAUAGUAUACUGUCCCCAGGGCAGAAAUAGAUAGUAUACUGUCCCCAGGGCAGCAACAUACAGUAUACUGUCCCCAGGGCAGCAACAGACAGUAUA